UGCGGCUGCUGUUGGGUGUUCUGCUACCAAAUAAAAGAUUCUCAGAAUCAAACAAUUCACUGAAGAACUAAAAGAAGAAGAAGGCAAUGGAGGAAUUGAAGGAAGUGGUUUCGUAUUCAUCCUCGCCUUCCUCUUCAUCGACUUCCUUUCCCGCCGAGCUUUUCGGUUUGAAACUAACAACCCCAUCUUCCUCUCCUGAGAAUGUGUUUUCUUCCAUCUUUCCGCCUCCUUCAAAGGUCCAGGCAGGGGAAUUUCCGAAAUUUGAACUGAAUGCGAAUAAGCAGUACUUUGUAGAGGACGGCUGGAACAUCAAGCCCGUAAAAUCAGAGGAUAACUUGAAGAGCAAUCAAAGUGGGACUCAGAGCAUACAAAAGGAGGACGCGAGUUACAUUUAUCAGGAGCGAAAUUUACAGCCAAUGAAUCUAAGUUCGUCGAUCUACUACGGCGGUCGAGAAAUGUAUUCCAAUCCCAAUAAUAAACAGGACCCUGCAUUGAACUUUAUUUCGUUAGAGAACAAUGGAGAAGACGACUCGGGAAGCGCUUCUAGAGGGGACUGGUGGCAAGGUUCGCUGUAUUACUAGUAGCUCACUUGCUGAGGCUAUAAGGUGCUCUUUGUCAUUGGGCAGGGCAGACUAUUGUUGCUGGAUAAUGAAUGACGACAGACUUUGCUAAUAUUUCCAAUAUCAAUAUGGUUUACUUCCUAUAUUUUCUUCUUUUUUAGAUGUCGAACCUUCGUAUUGAAAUAGAUUUUCUAUUUUGGGUUGGUUACAUUUGUAAAUUGCAUAUAAAGCUAUGGACAGUCUCUGGUU